UCCUCACUGUCCUCCCCCCUGUUAGAGGAGAGACAGCCCGUCCUCCCCCGCUCCUCUCUCUGCUUCUAUCGUAGAAAACUGUCCCGGAGCCUUCACACUGGAUCUGUCCGAGUGAGAGACGAUGCGGGCAGCGAGGCUCCAGCUGGCCGCGGUGCUGGCUCUGUUUGCCGCAGUGUCCGGGUCGCGGGCGGAGGUGAUCGAUGACAUCCUGAGCAGCCUCUCCAGGGGAGCGUCCUUCCUGGAGCGGCAGCACGAGCACAUCAACCUGGACGGGGUGGUCGGGUUCCUCAUGCUGCAGGCUGAACUGAAGGAGGCGGUUCGGACCUGGCCUCACACCGACCCGGUCAGCUGGGCUCAGAGAACCACCACGGUCGCUCUGGUCAAACGUCUCGAUCAGAGCUUCGACAAGGCCGUCACCGCCCUGCAGCAGAACGACCCAAAGUACUACAGAGAGUUCGAGCCCCUGCUGAAGUGGAGUUUCUGGUUGACCCCUCAGGAGUGGAGCUCCACAGACCCCAGCCUGGUCUACCCCUCCACCACGACCACCGAGUGUUACGACGAGCAGCUCAGUGAUAAAUGUCUGACCCUGCUGCUGGGAACCUGGAAGAUGAACGGGACGCCCUGCAUCGUCACCAAGCCCUGUCGGGACACCAUGACGCGUUUCGGUUGUCCGUACUACUCUCUGUCCCACCAGCUGCUCUACUUCAUGAUCGGGAAGAUGAGAGGCUGCACCAACCUGCUGAAGGGCGACAUGCGACCGUCCAGAGUCAACAUGACUGAGCAGAACUACCACAGGAUCUUCUGCUCCAACAUGAUGAAGACCAACGAGGACAUCGUCAGAGACGGUCUGACCGGCCUGACGGUCGACAUCUUCAUGGAAAACAUCCUGAUGUGUGGACUGGCUGGUUUCUCCGACUUCUACAAAGCUGAGUGGCUGCAGCACAUCCUCCGGCUGCAGGACGAGGAGUACGACUGCUUUGGGAGAGACAGGAGCAUCAUCUCUCAGAUCAUCGGAGACGAGCUGCUGGAACAGCUGCAGCCUCACAGGAGAGUGAAGAGGAGGGAGAAGAUACUUCCAGAUGGCUGCUCCAGUCACAUGACGGCGGUGGCUGUCGGAGCUCUGGGAGGAUACCUGAACUAUUACCUGGCAGAGCAGGACAUAACAAAGAGGCCGCUCCCCUGAACUCACAGCUCCUCCCCCCUCCCCCCCACCAUCACCCCUCCUCACCCUGCUGCCACACAGCCGGGGGUGUGCACAUGAACACACAUGAACACAUGAACAGCACGUUGUAGAUCAUCAGGUAGAGACUGACUCCUGACACAGUAUGUUGCUUUAUGAACAUAGAUGAUGAUACUUAAUAAAAUGCUGGGAUGUGGCUGUUUGGCCCAAAAUGGAAACUCGUUUAUCCACGUUGUAUUCUAUGAUUAUAAUGAGGAAGAUGUUUAACCCAUGUACUGACUCCGCCUACAGCUAAGCAUGUAACCAAUCUCAAACAAGACGCCUUUAGAAAGUGGUGAGACACAUCCUACAUGAAAUCAGGGUCUUGCAGAAUUAUUUCUUGGUUUUAUCACAGUGUUGUAUUUCCAGAGUAAGUCAGUGUGUCAGUCAGUGUGUACUUAAAGGGGCUAUUUGUAAGUUUUCUCUGCUGCUGAUUGUGGUUUCUUGCCGGAUCAGAAAGUGAUGAGACAGGGCUGCUGGGUUGGAGCUAGCUGGUUAGCAUGUUAACUUCAGAAGAAGACGAGAAGUGAUAGAAGUGGAAGCAAAAAUUAAUGUUGUUCCACCGCUGGAGACGGCUCUUGGAAAAAUGAAGUUUGAUGCCGAAUCCGCAACAUUUCCUCUCGACUCUCGGCUCUGUAGCGAUAGCAACACCUACAAACAGCUCCUUUAACCUUUUCUGUUAUGCAGCAGGUGUCCAGCUGAGUUCUAGUCGAAGCGUUAGAUCGUGAAAACAGUGACGUCAUCUCAUCCUUCCAUGUUUUCCUCUGAAGGAGGGAGACAUGUCCAGAACAUAACAAGACAUAAUGAAUUAAGGGGAAAUGAUUGGUCUUUUAUUACCUGGAUUUGGCUGGACUGCAACAGAAAUGUGACCACUGACACACUUCAGACAAAGUGGUGGCUCUUACAGGGUUUUUGAUGCAAAAUGCUAAAGAACAGGAAACAGUCAGUUAAUGAUAUUGGCCAUUAGAGGCCUGAUUCCUCGUAUGAAGUAUUUACCAUAGCUUUAAAUAAAAACAUCCUAAGAAGCUGAUUUUAGUAUUCACAGAAAAAACUCUGCAGGGCAUUACUUUUUCCAAAAAUAACAAUCUUUAUUGUCUAUAUGUUUUUG